CGGCGGCCGGGCGCGCCGGGUCGGGGCGGGUCCGCGCCGCCGCCGUCCGCGCCGCCCCGCCCCUGGCUCCGCCACUCGCUCCGUUCCUCCCGCUGCAGCCCCCGCCGUAGCCGCCGCGGAGCCCGCGCCACCACCUCCGAGCAGAAGAUGGCUGUGCCUCCCACGUAUGUCGAUCUUGGCAAACCUGCCCGAGAUGUCUUCACCAAGGGCUAUGGGUUUGGUUUAAUAAAGCUCGAUUUGAAAACAAAAUCUGAGAAUGGAUUGGAAUUUACAAGCUCAGGUUCCGCCAACACAGAGACCACCAAGGUGACAGGCAGCCUGGAAACCAAGUACCGGUGGACCGAGUAUGGGCUCACGUUCACUGAGAAAUGGAACACGGACAACACGCUAGGCACCGAGAUCACCGUAGAAGACCAGCUCGCACGUGGCCUGAAGCUGACCUUUGAUUCAUCCUUCUCUCCAAACACUGGGAAGAAAAAUGCUAAAAUCAAGACAGGCUACAAGCGGGAGCACAUCAACCUGGGCUGCGACGUGGAUUUCGACAUCGCUGGGCCUUCCAUCCGGGGCGCCCUGGUGCUGGCCUACGAGGGCUGGCUGGCCGGCUACCAGAUGAACUUUGAGACUGCCAAGUCACGCGUGACCCAGAGCAACUUUGCGGUCGGCUACAAGACUGACGAGUUCCAGCUUCACACGAACGUAAAUGACGGGACAGAGUUUGGUGGCUCCAUUUACCAGAAGGUGAACAAGAAGUUGGAGACGGCCGUUAACCUCGCUUGGACCGCAGGCAACAGCAACACUCGCUUCGGCAUAGCAGCCAAGUAUCAGAUCGACCCCGAUGCCUGCUUCUCGGCUAAAGUGAACAAUUCCAGCCUGAUAGGAUUAGGAUACACUCAGACCCUAAAGCCAGGUAUCAAACUGACACUGUCAGCUCUGCUGGACGGCAAGAAUGUCAACGCAGGUGGCCACAAGCUUGGUCUAGGACUGGAAUUUCAAGCAUAAAUGAAUACUGUACAAUCAUUUAAUUUUAAACUAUUUUGCAGCAUAGCUACCUUCAGAAUUUAGUGUACCUUUUAAAUGUUGUCUGUCUGGGAUGCAAGUAUUGCUAAAUAUCAUGCUAGACCUCCAGGUUCAAGAUGAUUCAGCUUUAAGGUGUUACCCUUUCAGAGGUACAGAAAAAUCCAAUUCCAAAAAAAAAAGGUCCUUUCAGCUGUAGACUUGGGGGCAGGGAGGAGGAACUUGACAGCCCCUCUAGAGAUGUCAGGUUCCUUUUUUUUUUUUUAAUCUAGAAAUGGCUGCAAGUGGGAGCUGAUCAUACAUAGACACUGUAAAUGCUUGUUGACUAAAUGAAUGAAAUUGUGAUUUCCUGAGAAUUAAACCUUGGUUCCCUGGCCUAAUCAUGGAGUGGCUCAAUCUGAAGUUCGAUGAUGUGUACAGAUUCAUCUGAAAGGGACAUUUUUAGGCAGAUCUUCGUGACCCGCGUCCACCCCAGCCCAUCACCUCCUUUACACCAAAAGUAGUUGCAGGGUGUGGUAACUGUUUCUUCUGUGCCAUUUUGGGGUGGAGAAGGUGGAUGUGAUGAAGCCAAUAAUUCAGGACUUAUUUUCUUCUCACGUUGUGGUUUUUUUCACCCUCGCGCCAGACUAUGAAACAGCUUCAGAGAGCUCCAGCUGUCGGCUGGGAAGAGCUCUGUGACCAAUCACACGGGGCGACCCCCGGGAUCUCAAUUGGACUCUUGGGUUGUAUCUUCGACACUCAGUUUUUUUUUGGGUUUUUUUUUUUUUUUUUUAGCAUUUUAAUGGGUACAUUUUAGAGUCUUCCAUUUUGUGUGGAAUUAGAUCCUCCCUUCAAAUGCUGUAAUUAACAUCACUUAAAAAUAAAACUUGAAUAAAAUAUUGAAACCUC